GAAUUUAUUGAAAGCACAGGUGGUAAACACGAUGAGCACCAGUGACAACACGUGGGAAAUUUGAAACUUUUCACCCACCUCGAGCAAAAUAUAUAGACCGUACAGUUUUAUCAGUAAAGGUCCCGCCUCUGAUGAGAGAAAAAAACUGAAGGAGAUGAAUAACAUGCUCAGCUUGCUCACCACCACCACCACCACCACCACACACCAAUGAGGCUGAGGGGCACAGACGCAACUUUUGACACCAGACCGUAGACCACCUGCUAGUUUUCAGUGUGAUCUGAAGAGCUUCUUAUGGCUGUGAUGGUGGGCACCAUCCUCCUGCUGCUCGUUGGAGACUCUCUGAGCAGCCUGGAUCAGAUAAGCAGAGGCUGCAGGAGAUGGAGCUCAAGAGCACAAUCACACGGAGAUGUGUGCUGUGAUGAAUGUCACCCGGGCAAUCAUCUGGUCUCUUACUGUGGCGCAAACCCACAAGAUCUUUGCACUCCUUGUGAGGGCAAAACCUUCACACAGAACCCCAAAGACUACAAGUGUUCCAGGUGCAAUCAGUGUGAAGGCGCACAGGUUCUGGUGAAGGAAUGUACGCCCACGACAGACACGCAGUGCGGAUGCAAAGAAGGACUCCUGUGUGGCAACGACCGCUGUUCCUUCUGUUUAAAAAAAUGCGGCAAAGGCGAGGAACCCUCUGAGAAUCGUUCCUGCAGACCAUGUGCAAAUGGAACCUUCAAUGAUCAAAUUCACCAGAAGUGUAAACCCUGGCGUACCAAGUGUCCCAAUCCAGAUACAAUUAUUUCGGCCAGUGGCGAUGCCUUCACUGACAAUAGGUGCGUUAACGUUUCACCCAGCAGUCUGAAACAACCCGAAUCCGAUCACACAAAAUCCUCAUGGCCGUUGGUCUUGUCUGUGUUGCCGAGUGUGUGCCUUUCGGCUUUAUGCAUCUUUCUGAUCGUAACUGUAUUUGGUCUGAAGAGAAAAAAGAAGACAAAAGACAAAAUCACCAAAGGACCAAUAAUAGGAACAGCUACAGUGGAAGGACAUUAUCAGGUGGUGACAGUAAUGUGCCAUAAAGCUGGUUUGCCAAAUGGCAACAAACUCCAGAGAAAAAGAACAAGCAAGGACAAAACAUUAGAUGAUCCCAAGACAUUAAUAGCAAUAGAAUGCAGUUUCCAUGACGCCCAGGAAGAGCAGGUCAACAGCAGCUCGGAGUCUUUAGUCUCCAAAGAAUCCCAGGAUCACCUUGUGGCCUGAUUGAAAGCUUUUAUGACGCUCAACAAAAGGAAAGACUUACUGUACAGUGUGGAUCUUUGUCUAUGAGCUGUGUGUGUGGCAUGAUUCAAUUAUUCAGACAAAAUGUGCCAUUUUAUCCUCCAGGAUCUAAUAACACAGGGCAGGAAGGGGAAUUCUGGGCAAAACUACAAGUGCCUUACACACCUCCUUAAUUGCAGUGUGUCAGUGUCAACUUAAAAUGAUGGCACCAGCUGAAUGGCCUCAAUAUGACAUGCACUCCUUGUGCUUACGGCCUUUCAGUCGUGACCAGAGCAACCUGUUGUUUACCUCUGACUUGGCACUUUUAAUGUCAGGCGAACUUGAUAUAAGAGGACACUGAAAUUAGGGCUUCUAAGAUUUGUUUCAAUAUGUAUAUGCUGCAUGCGUGUGCUGGGUUUGGGAAGGUUGGGGGAACAUUACUGGGUGUAACAAUCCAUGUGCAAGCUGGGACUCGCUUGCUUGUACGUAAGUCAAACAUUUGAAUGAGAUUACUCUUUGCGUUGCUUUUCAGCUCCCAAGCUUCCUGAAUAUGAUAAGCAGACUAGUACAUGGAUGGAUGGAGAUGGCAGCCAAGUGUUCUUAGAUGGUUUUGAUUUCGAGCAAACUCUUGUGCUAAGUGAAAGCUUGCAGGAGCACUGUGACGUACAUGUCACAGCUGAAUGGGUCAAACGAGACACGGAAACCCCCCCCCAAGGAGUGCAUCCUGUACUUAUUUUGUCUACUGACAUUUGAGUGGGCAGCUACUAUGUCACAGCAAGGGGACUUUUUUCAUUCACAUACGUAUCUGCUUGCUGACCUUUGCAUUUUUAUUUUUUUUUUUACAUUUUUUAUUUUGUUUUUAGCAGAAAUGGAAUUUAUAAAAUGUCCUGCAUAUGGUACAAAACAGAAAUCUUUCACACAUUCUAUUAUAUUAUCUUUGACGAUUCCUUUUCAGAAAAUAGUUUUUACUUUUUACUUGGAUUUGGACAAUAAACCAUU